UACGAACAACUUUUAUUAUUGUAUCCUUAGUACUCUUGAUCUAUUCUAUUAUCGCACUUUAUUUCCUUCACAAAGGACGACAAAAAAGAGCAAUAGUUGGUGGCAACAUAAACGUUACAUCUUAUUUUUUCAUAUUAAACAUCUAUUUCCUUCUUUUAGCAUGCAGCUACUUCUUUAAUUAUGGCAUUAGUUAUGCUAUUCAUUGCUUCCAUUCAAGAUAGAAUAGAAAUUAAGAUUUUAAAAAAUGUGGAAAUGAAUAUGCUCUCAAUGAUCAAUUCUAAAACAAUAAACUUUUCUUCAUCUACUUUGGAUAAAUUUCAUAUAAUGUUUAAAUGUUGCGGAGCAAAAGGCAAUUUGGAUUGGUGUAAAAAUGAGAAAUUUCUCAAGGGAAUCAAUUUGAAAACUGAUCAAAUAAAUUCUAUAAAUCUUUUAGGUCUUUACAUUUGCCAUAUUCCAAUAUCUUGUUGUUCAUCAUCUGUCGAUGAAUAUAAUGUAUCUGUGAUAUCAAAUAGUCAAAAGUCAUGCUCAUUGUAUCCAACACCAUGGAAUACCUAUCGUCCUGGAUGUUUAACACCAUUGAAACUUGAAGUAUAUUACAUGGGUACAUUAUAUAGAGUUAUAUGUUUUAUAACUAUAACAGUAUUGCUUUUAUCUAUGGCAUCUUCGAUACUUCUCUGCAUUUAUCCAUAA